CCCGUGCGCUGUCGGCGUCGUUUGGGGGUCAGCCUAUAAAUACCCGCAAUAGAACCCCACAUUUUCUUGAGAAUUUCCUCUCCGUUAUUCUCCGCCCUCUCGGGCUUCUACUCAAAACCCUAGGCCAAGAAAGCAAAAUGGACCAAGAAAUCCUCCAACAAACCCUAGAAAUCCCCGAGGCUGGGGCCUCCGGCGUCCGACCGCCGGAGGUUUCCGGCGACCCCGAACUCUCCCGGACCACCUCCUCCAGCCGCCUCAACGCCCAGGCGCCCGAGUUCGUCCCGAGGGCGGCGCCGCCUCUCCCUCUUCCGGCUGUGGAUCGGAUCGAUGCGCGCCAGCCACGACUGGUCCCGAUCCACCACGGCCCGCCUCCGAUGAUGCACGUCUACCACCCCGCCCCCCCGAGCCCGCCGUUUUUUGCUCCGGUGCCGAGCUCGUUCGAAUACUAUGGCGGCGGAGGCGGUGCGGGGUUUGGGGAGCAGGAGGCGGUCCCGGCACUGGCUGAUUCGGAUCCCGCUCCGCCAGCGAGGGACGGGCUCUCGGACGAAGUUAUUCAGAAGAUUACGAAGCAGGUGGAGUAUUAUUUUAGUGACAUAAAUUUGGCUACCACUGAACACCUGAUGAGGUUCAUUAGUAAAGAUCCGGAGGGAUUUGUGCCAAUAUCAGUAAUUGCAGCAUUCAAGAAAAUCAAAGCCCUUGUCCACAACAAUUCCCUGCUGGCUAUGGCUCUCCGGACAUCAUCAAAACUCGUUGUUAGUGAUGAUGGAAAGAAAGUUAGGCGCCAACAACCUUUUACUGAAUCAGAUAUGGAAGAAUUGCAGUCGCGUAUUGUUGUGGCUGAAAAUCUACCUGAGGAUCAUUGUUACCAAAACCUUAUGAAGGUUUUCUCUGCUGUUGGGAGUGUAAAAAUGAUCCGUACAUGUUAUCCUCAACUCACCAAUGGCACAACCACUUCUACUAACAAAUCAGCAAAACUUGAUAUGCUUUUUGGCAACAGGUUGCAUGCAUUUAUUGAGUAUGAGACUGUUGAAGAUGCUGAGAAAGCAAUUGCUGAGCUUAAUGAUGAGAAGAACUGGAGAAGCGGGCUCCGAGUUCGUUUAUUGCUUAAAUGCAUGACAAAACAUGGGCCAGUUCGAGGGAGAAAGGGAGCGCAUGAAGGUGAUGUUAAUGGAGAGGGUGAUGUCUCCACAUCUGACCAGCCAAAUGAUAAGCUGGUGGAAGAUCCUUCUCAACUAUAUGAGAAUGUGGGUGAGGCUCUUUUCAGUGAAAAAGAUGGUGGACUGAGGAGAGGGAGAGGUCGGGGCCGGGGAGGGAAGGGUCGAGGACGUGGCCAGUAUCACAACAAUAAUCUUAAUGGAGGUCAUAUGAUUGGCAGUUCACCCUCGAGUCAUCCUGUCCAUACUGAACAGCCAGUGGUGGCUAAUAAGCAACCUCCCGGUCCUCGCAUGCCGGAUGGGACGAGAGGAUUCACCAUGGGUAGGGGAAAGCUGGUAACCGCCACCAGUAUGGUAUAAAGACCUUUCUAUAAAUAGGUCGUCCUGAAAAACAUGCUGUUUGGUGUGUUGUUGAUAGAAAGGUGUAAUAGUGCUGUUAUAGCUCAGGCAUUGCUUUUGGCGGAUGCCUUGUUCUGGACCUGUCUUGAAGUCAGAUUCUGCCUUACAUUUUUUUUUCCUUUUGGAGGCUUUUUGGGUGUCUGGAUUGAAACGCAGUAACCGGUUUUUAUAUUUUGUUACAUUCUUUACCCCCGUUUAGUUGACAGUUCUGGUGGAAAAGAAAUAUCAUAAAAGUUGGUACAGGA